AUGGUUCAUGCCGUCGGAGCAUUGUCGUGCAACAACCUGCAAUUCAACCAAGGCCAUUCUGUACGCGCGGCGGAGCUCUACGUAUCUGCAAUGUCGUAUUAUCCUUAUGUCAUGGGGCAGGCCUCAACCAUCCUCCAGAUACAAGCGUCGGUGCUCAUGAUCCUGUACGCGCUGCAAUGUCCUUCGGCGGAGGAGAUAUCCACCACAGUCUCCUCCAUAAUACCUUUCUGUACUGCGACUAUAGCAGAGAUACGAAGACACACAUCCUAUAACGGUAGCGACGAUAGUCCGGAAGUAGCAACGUCUACGGGCGAGUUCUUUACAGAGUCCUUGUUCAUCACUUGCUACAUGUUGAACGAAAUUAUCGUAUCCGGGUGGGACAGACCAGUUUCUGCAGCCUACAAGGCAAUCGACGACGACAUGUUCACGAUCAGCAAUGAGGUUCCAUCGUUGUCGACCUCAAACACAGCGCUGAGCCAUCUGUUCCGACUCCGCAAAAUACAGGCCGACAUCCGGCGGUACUGGCACCAAACUCAAGAGGCAGAAUCAGAAGAAGUACAUAGAGAUGACCUGCUCAAGUCUGCAUUGGACACUUGGAGAAAGGAUAUCCCCCGGUAUGGUCUGGAAGGCGCCCCAUGCACCUACCUUCAUCCACUCUGGAUGGCAAAUCUCUACGACUACAGCGUUAUCAUUCUAAUGCAAGAGAAACGCCACCGUCUCAAGUUCAAGGAUAUCGAGGAUGUUCUUUGCGCGAUUGUCGAGGUCUGCCUCAAUUUCAGGCAGCUCCAAGAGGAAGGACAGGUGAUGUGCUAUACCUGGUCUGCACUUGUCUUCCAAUUCAGAGCUGGCGUCAUGCUCCUCUACAUCUUCUGGGUGACACCGCGCGAGCAGAGAUUCAUGCAACAAGCGCUAGAAGCGCUAGAAGCUUGCUUGAAGACCAUAGACCAGUUUGCAGACCGGUGGCACGAUGCCACUCCUUACAAGAAUGCCCUUGAUUUUCUUGUUCAGAGAGCUCCUUGGAUACCAAAGGUCUUCACACAGCAGCAAUGGGUAAAUUGGGACCUACAAAAGAUGGACGACUGCUUGGCAAGGUUGAAGAAGCAGUAUCUGCACAAGGGUGUGCUAGAGAUGAUUGAAGACAUGAUAUAUCGGCGUCCUGUAGAGGAUCAUGACAAAACGUUAUUGUGA